UCUUUAUAAGCGGUCCAUGAUGUUAUAUUAAUGCCAUACACUUUACGUUGAAGGAAAAUGGGAAAUGGGACUCACAACAUGAUCAGAUCAGAAGUGACCACGUGAAAUCAGCCAUUGACACACGUGUUCAACGUAAAACAAUACGGUCGAAGUAAAUGUGACGAUGUGUUGAAAUAUAUGUGUCAACUGAGCAUUGAGUAGUCACCGCUACCAGUGGAUAACCACAACCUAAUCAAAAUGCCUGGCCCAACAGCGACCGAGAACAAGGGAUGGCCACAGGAUGUCGGCAUCAUUGCAAUGGAGGUGUAUUUCCCCUCUGAGUACGUCGACCAGACGGAGCUGGAGAAAUUUGAUGGUGUCUCUGAGGGAAAGUACACCAUCGGACUCGGACAAUCCAAAAUGGGCUUUUGUUCUGAUAGAGAAGAUAUCAACUCUCUGUGUUUAACUGUGGUGCAGACAUUGAUGGAGAGGAAUCAGAUUGCCUACAGUGAAAUCGGAAGGUUGGAGGUGGGCACAGAGACACUCAUAGACAAAUCCAAGAGUGUGAAGACUGUGUUGAUGCAGCUGUUUGAGGACAGCGGCAACUCCAACGUUGAAGGCAUCGACACAACAAAUGCAUGUUAUGGAGGAACCAAUGCACUGUUUAAUGCCCUCAACUGGAUUGAAUCAAGUUCAUGGGAUGGUCGCUAUGCGCUGGUGGUUGCGGGAGAUAUUGCUGUGUAUGCAUCAGGCAGUGCCAGGUGCACUGGUGGCGCCGGCGCCAUUGCCAUGCUGCUCGGACCAAAUGCCCCACUUGUCUUUGACAGAGGCGUCCGUGGCACACACAUGCAGCACGUGUACGACUUCUACAAGCCGGACAUGGCCUCCGAGUACCCCACCGUGGAUGGCAAGCUCUCCAUCCAGUGCUACCUCCAUGCUCUAGACAAGUGCUACGAGGUCUACAGCGCCAAGGCACAAGCCAGGGGAAUCAAAGUUGGUCCAAACACACUGGAUGUAGCAGAUGCAUUUCUUUUCCAUUCUCCAUAUUGUAAAUUAGUUCAGAAAUCGUUAGCUAGACUAAUGCUGAACGACUUUCUCCGAGACCCGAGCCCAGACUUCAAGGAAAAGUAUGCCGGUCUUGAGGACUUCAGGGAAAUAAAACUAGAAUCAACUUAUUUUGACAAGCAAGUUGAAAGUGCCUUUGUAAAAGCAAGCAAAUCCACCUUUGAGAAGAAAACAAAGCCAUCAUUACUGAUCUCCAACCAAGUGGGGAAUAUGUACACCCCCUCCCUGUAUGGGGGCCUCGCUUCACUCAUCAGCAGUCGGACAUUGGAGGAACUUGCAGGGAAGCGUGUGAUCCUGUUUUCCUAUGGGUCCGGCCUGGCUGCUACCAUGUUCUCCUUGAAGGCCACAGAUGAUGUCUCCCCGUCUUCACAGCUGCGCAGAGUCGUGGCCAGUCUCAGCAACCUGAAGCAGCGCCUGGACCUCAGGACAAAGGUGGAUCCCGAGAAGUUUGACGAGACCAUGAAGCUCCGACAGGAGACGCAUCAUCUCGCCCCUUACAACCCAAUAGGCAAUGUUGAGGUGUUGUACCCAGGAACCUGGCAUGUGACAGAGAUCGACGGCAUGCACCGGCGAAAAUAUGAUCGUAAACCAGCUGAUGACGAGAGCCUGAUCGUACCAACACCAGUACAGAACUCUGUUAGUGAAGUUAAGAAAUCCAAGAUUGAAACUCCAGCACAGAACAAAACAGCGGUCAAUUCAAGCUGAGAACUGUGUUCCUUAGAUUCAGUAUUAGUUAUUUAAGUGUAAAUAAUGCUCACUACUGAGUUGUACAUUACUGUUAUGGUGCUUGACUGUGAAACCAUUGCUGUGUCCAACAUAUGGUCUGUUACACUGUAGAUAGAAAUUAUCUAGAUCUGUUGAUAUUUGGCUGUCUUAUGAUAUUAAUUGAACUUAUUGCCCCUUUACACUUAAAACUGUAGUAUGUGGUAAAUUGAUGUCAACAUAAAUAUUUUUUACUCUCUCUGAAGCAGAAGUUCAGAUAUUAGAUGGGGCGGUCGGGUAGCCUAGUGGUUACAGCGUUCGCUCGUCACACCGAAGGCCCGGGUUCGAUUCCCGACAUGGGUACAAUGUGUGAAGUCCAUUUGUGGUGUCCCCUGCCGUGAUAUUCCUGGAAUAUUGCUAAAAGCGGCGUGAAACCAUACUCACUCACUCAGAUAUUAGAUGUGCUAAAAUAGUUGUUUUGGAUAUUUUAUUGGAUAUCUUUUUUCUUGUUUUAUUCAAAAUAUAGAUGCUUCGGGCAUGAUAGACAGUACUAAUUUCAUCAAUAUUGGAGCAAGGAAUGGAGUUGUAUGUUGUUAUGUAAAAUGUACCUCAGGGUUUUUCCACAUGACAGUUUAGUACCCGUUUUUUGAAGUUGUUAAUGAAAGUUAUGUUCGUUUUUACAAUUUUUCAAUGUAGCACUGAAAUUGGCAAAGUUGCCCCUGUUCACAAUCAAGUAGAUGAUUUGAUCAAAUUUUUACUCACAUCUUACAAUAAUCACAAAACAUCCAGCUGUACUGAUUGUUUAUACAAGGUGUUUACUGCAGCAUUGUUUACUCUGUAACUUUAUAUUGUUUAUUUAUAUUUUAGCUUUGUGUAUUAGACUGAGUAGUUUACUGUUGGUAUUAAAACAACUGGUCAAGUAUACAUGCAUUUGCUGGUUGUAGACAUUGCAUGAAAAUUCUUAAAAUCAUUUUGAUACAAAGUGCCAACUGAUAGGUAAACGAAUAGGGCUGGGAUGAUACACCAACUGUGCGAUCUGAUACGUAUCAUGAUACCUUGCUCACGAUCCGAUAUGUAUCACGAUACUUACAGGUGCACUUUUCUGUGGUGCGUGAGCCAUGUUUAUCAUAGACAGGAUGGCCAAAUACCUGGCACACUAAUGAUUUACAGUUGGCAGUGUCAAGUAUGGCCCAAACGUUUUCACUACUCAUUUUCACUUGUAAUUAGUGUUUGGUGUAACAUUUAUUGAAGAAUAUAUUUAAGGUAAGAAUCAAUACUUUUUACUUUAUGUACGAUUGUGAUCGAUACUUGUAUCAAGAAGUAAAAAAUCACGAUCCACCAAUGCAUCGGUGUAUCGUCCUACUACAACCGGAUAUGGCUUCUCUACCAACUGUAUGACUCACAGAUAUAGCCUGGCUGGCUGGCUGGCGAUGUACUCUGGCAUCUGUGUCACCAGUCACAGCAACCCUAGGGUGUAACUUUAGCUCUGUAUUCACUCUUGACUAGAUCCUCAUCAAGGACUUAUCAACUCCACUCCCCUGCAAAAAGUUGGUCAACAUUUGUCGUUCUUGUCUUCCAUGUUCUUUCACUUUAGCUGGAGAUGUUGUGCUGUUGUGGAGUGCUGACAAACAAAUGCUUGUAGGUUUUUGUUCCAUUAAUGAAAAGUCGCAAAUCACGGCCUCAGGUUACUGUAGGUGACAUAGAUGCCACAUAAGCUCCCAUGCCGGCCAGGCUGCAGCUGUAUAGCUGCAUACUAUUCAUGCUAUUGGUAGAGAGUGACUGCAUGGGUGGUGACUGACUGCAUAGUGUUCUGUGUUCAAUAGACAAUAUGAAUUUCUGCUCUCAGGGCUCUUGAUAUUACAUUGUAUUUAGCCACCAGUGGAAUGUCUGUCUGUAAUUUCUUUUUGGAUGAAAUCACCAUUGGUUAUCUUGGGCGUAAGAGAUCCCCAUGCUUGUGAUGAGAGCAGCUGCAAAUGAGGAUUGGGUGGUUAUAAUACAUGACCUGGGUCCCGUUCCACAAGGCGAUCGUAACGCAACGACAGUCGUAAGUCUAUGAUAAAGUAUGGGAGUGACAAUAACCUUAGCGCUUUGACAGCUUUGUGGAACGGACCCCUGGCUGAUUGUGUGUAUGCUGAAUGUAUGGAGGGUUCUUUGCCUUGAUGCAAAUAUUUACAAGCCUCUAUAUUGCCAACUGUGGCAUAAAACAACACUCAUUCUGUUUGGGUGACCUUCAUAUGUGAAAACACUUUUACAAUUUCUUAAUUGUCAAAGAAUUAAGAACAUUUUAGACAUUUCAGCCAUCCCACAAAAUUACUGGAUGCAGAUGAAAUUUCAAGACAUUAGCUACGGUACUCAAUAAUGCCAUCCAACCUGAAAACAUGUACCCCUUUACCGCGUUAAUAUAUAACACAGGAAGCUUUAAACCCUCGUAUGCAAUAAAGCAAUGGAAAUCGUUUUUGUGUUUUGCUCCUGAACAUGUUUGUGAAGAAUCUUGAGUUCAAGCCCUAUUCUCAUUCAAAAAGUGAAUUAAGAUUACAAAAUACAUGGCAAUAGAAUCUGUUAUGGUUAAUUUGGCAGGUUACCUUACAUUGCAUUACGUCCAUGUCGGUGCAUCACUAGGCUGUACAGUAUGUGUUUUGUGUGACUCGAUGCAGUCAGAAACAUCUUCGUCCAUGGCUCACAAUCUAUUGUGAUCUCAUCUGUGAUAGAUAUUGCUGUGCAUUUGGUGGAGGUUGAUGUGUGAGUGACAGCAAUUGAUAAAUGAUAUGAUAAAUUGCAUGUCAGUCGCUCUGCCACAUGUGUGCAAGUUGUUUUCUGUUAUGAAUUUGUCUUUUUGAAGGUGGAAGCUGUUGCCAAAUUCAGUUUUGUAGUUUCAGGUUUAUGUUUUUUCUUGUCAUUUAAACUCGAAAAUAUAUUUACUGUGUGUGUUAGAUAGAUCACAAUAUAACAGAGAUCCAAGAAAUUAAAACAUUUAAGUAAAAAAAAGUUAGUGAUGUCAAGUAACAAAGCCAUGCUUAUUAAAUUAUAAAUGUAGCAUUGAAACCAACAGCCUUUGACAUGUUGAGUUUGAAUGAAAACAUUAAUGAUUCUCAGUACUUUUUUUAUUUGGUUUACAGAUCCUCCAACCUAAAGUAUUGAUGAAAAAAUAGAAGUAUAAAUUAUCAUAUUUUAAAAUAUUUUUCACUUCCUACCUGAAAAACAUUUACAUUGGGAUAAAAAAUUUUUUUUCUAGAAUCUUGCAAAGCAGUAAUGAGACGACUUUGCCAUCAAAACUUUUUGGCAGGAGGAAUCGCUCCUGCAAUGUUUUGCAUGACAAUGCAGUGUUUUUUAUUAGUUUUUUUACCUUCCAACUGAAGAAAAUCUGUCAACCAAUAAAAAACAAGGCCUAAUGCUUCCAUAAAACACCUACAAUUAUUCAUUUUACCAUCCUGAAUUACACACUUUUUCAGGAGGAAAAAUAUGGAAUGACUGUCUUAAUGAUUGUUUGCGUGAGAACCAAAUAUGUUUGUUAUUUAGCCUCAUGUAGAGUGGCAUAGUCCAGGAAUAUGGUCCAUGUGUCUUGUCAACGUGUUAACUUGUAGUCAGUGUGUGUAGACGUUCCCACCUAUAACUGCAAAGCAUUUAUACAUCUAGUGCCACAAUACGACAUAGUCACGUGUGUUGAGAUAGCCAGUGUAUAUGAGGUGUACAUUUGUUAAUACAUUCCAUAUUAUGUCUAUAUGAAUAAAACAUUAAUUAAGCAAA